AUGGUCCUCUCCAAAUACGAGAGGCCAAAAGGCAUCGACAGCAACACGCUUUGGGACAAGUCUCAACUUUUGUUGUGGCCUGCAAAUGCAUAUAAUGGGCACAAAAAACUCACGCUUUUCACGCGAAAACUGACAAAUCGUGAAGAACAACACGAAAGUGGCUAUCCCACGUUAGAUGCAGAAUGGCUCUCACAACGAGUCAACAAUAAGGACGACGAUGAGUAUUUUGUGGGGAGUGGAGCCUUCGCAAACGUCUAUGAAGUGCCGGACACGAAUCCACAGCUCGUCGUGAAGCACUAUUCAAAAUUCACUGGAGUCUUCAAAACGCUUAUCGAGAAUGAGAUCUCAGUCCUCAAGACGUUAAAGCACAAGAAUGUCGUUAAACAGUUUGGAUGUGUUCGCAACGAAAAGAAGGAAAUUAUCGGACUCAUCAUGCCAAAAAUGGAGAACACUUUGCUAGAUUAUAUCCACUCGCCCAUUUACACCUACACGAUUCUGACGGUGCUUGGCUGGAUGGAACAGUUGGUCAAUGUGCUGGAAUAUCUCCGAAAAGCUCGUCACGUUCAUCGGGACAUCAAACCGGACAAUAUUCUUGUCGACUCAAAUGGUUUCUUGAUUUUGGGCGACUUUGGUAGCUCAAAAGAUACGGUUGGCUCUGGAUCGUUUGAUGUCGGAAAUCUUCGCUACAAGGCUUUCGAGCUCUUUCCAUCAGAAUCAAAGUCGGCACAAUAUACCCACGACAGUGAUCUUUAUGCGGUAGGAAUAGUUUGUGUCGAAAUCAUCGAAAGAAGACGCUGCUUUCGACAAUUCAUGCGGCAAGAAUAUGACGCUAAACAACAAAAAAUGGUGGACGUGGACUUUGAUCGUGAUACCUUCCUGAAUGAAUACGAAAAGUGUGGAAACGUUUCCGACGUGGAACCAAUGCAAGGAUUGGCUGUACAAGGAAUUCGUGAAAUGAUCUCAAGUUGGACAAACUUUACCUCGACUGAGCGCCGAAAGGAGGAACAUUUAUGGCUACUUCCCUGCAUGAAAGUGUUGUACGAGUAUCUUGGCCGAUGGAGCUUUCGUCCCGUCGAAGACCCAAAUGAAACGAAUCUCUACAAACCGAGAGGUUUCAAUCAUAAAGACGAUCACGUUAUUGUUGGCACGAAAGAGGAAGAUCUUAUGGGCGAAGAAUUCGGUUUUUUAUCACUUGGUGCAAAAAAAGCUAAAGGAGAAUCGCGAAGACGCGGCUCAAUUGAUUCGGAAUCUGAGAAAGAAUGCGAAAUCGACAACCUUGCGCUCGCAUUGAAAGACGGCUAUCUACUUGUUUUGAAGGAGACCCAAGUCGAGCCCGGAGUGCUCGGUUUCAACGAGUGGUCUGACUUUGUCGAUAAAUUAAAGCAAAAGACGAUCAACAAAAUCAAAACGUCUCUCUCGAUACCGAGUCUAUGCGCGAUUUGGCAAAAAGAGCUGAUGCGAUGUCUUCUUCGCGACCUUCGGCCGAUCGUCGUUGCCCAAUCGAAAAAGAAUCUCCAGCAGCAUUUCCAUUCUCCAUUGAAAGAGUUUUCAUGUUUCCAAUCAGAAAAAACGAGUCAACAUGUGAUUUUGCUAGAUUUACCGAGUCACUACGGUGAGUACCGGUUCUGGUCGCAUGAGGUGAUCAACAUUGUCAAGGAAACGGGAAGAUGGGACGAGUCGAGUAAAAUAUUUGUCACUGAAAACGAUGAUGUGCUAAGGUAUACCCAGUUGUUUGAUGAGCACUGGAUCUAUGAGCGCUUUUUGCCCACCAACUUGAGUCUACGUGAUCUCUUUGAUGGGUCGAGAAUUGAAGUCGAUGAUUUGAAAAUCGAGCCGUUUAUCUUCCAGCUCACCCAGCCGCCGAUCUACAGCUGCACUUGUGUCCAAAAAUGUCACAUGCAUGAUGAGAUCUUAAUUUUUGGGAAUCCGAAACUACAGAACCGGUUGCCGAGUUGUUGUGGAAGUUAUCCAGAGUACUUAGCUCUUUUCUUCGAAUGCGUUUCUUUUCUUCUUGGUUUGGAACAUCUCAAAGACUUCUUCGAUCUAGCGAUCGUUCUCAAUCGAUUAUUUUAUCUGAAGACCCUUCUCGAAAAGACCCGUUGCCAAAAAUUAUUUCCCGUCUACAAAGUAAAAUCAUCAGAAAACAAGUCGCUAAUCGUGUUGCAUUGGGCCGAAAAGGAGUCAAAAAUUGUCAUUUUUGAUGAAGAUCUUCUAAGCAUUACCGAAAAAGAAAUCACAUUUGUUGAACUGAAAAAUGGAGAAAUUAGUAGCUUGGAUCUGACAACUUUGAUCGAUUUGGUUACAGCAGAAAGAAUCUUUGGAAAUUUCAUCACAGGAUAUUCCCAAAGAUCAGAAUCAUGUGCUUUUUUGAAAAGCGUUGGGAAAAAUGUUGAAGAUGUUUUGGAUCAUCAGGAGACCCUUUGGAGACUUGUCGACGAUUGGUUUAGUGGACGAUUGGACUCAUUGAUAUCAGAAGACGAAUGCAUGCGUGAACGCCGUGAAAACGAUUUCGAGAUGCGUUUACCCACAACGUUACUUCAACUAUGGCUCUGCUCAUUGACUCAAGAUGGUGCUCCAAUUGAGAGUUUUCGUAAAAUUUGGAUAGACGGACAGAAGACUGCCAAAGCAAAGCGGUUCGAGUUGUUAUGGGCUCUGGAGGGAUUCUGUGAACGGUGCACUUCGUCUUGUCAAUCACUU